UUGAUACUCUUGCAACUGCAAAAUCUCUUAGAUCCAUUGACCUAGGGCUAACCUGCACGGCAGACCAUCGACGACAAGAGCACACUGGUGGUGACUUCCUCAUAAGUUGAAUUACUUACCAACAGAAAUCUACUUCAUUGACAAAGAGAGACCAAAAGCUUUUCAAUUUUUUUUUUAAGUUUUUAUUUAAAAAAAAAAAAAAACAUCAAAGCUACAGUCACCGACGGCGAAAGCUCCUCCGAGCUAGAUAUUAAAAAGUUGAGGAAUUAAAGGGCAUUUUUAGUAAUUUCAAAAUAAUAUGCAGUUUAAGUUGAAUUUUAAAUCGUGUGAAUUGAACGACCCAAAAUAACACCCUAAAAAUAAAUUAAAAAAAAAUAAAAUGCAAUAACACAUAAAACCCUGCAUCCCAGUGUAAACGCCGGAACUCUUAAAACGUUUACAGGAACCCAACACCGGUGCCCUCUGCUAACUUCACACUGGUGAUUGGUUUAUGGUUUCAUGGGUUCGUUAAAGAGGAAGUCCGAUGAAAACCCAUCCGGGGAACCUGCACAGAAACAGCAGCAUAAGGAGAAUGGUUCGGAUAUGGUUGAUAGUGAACCCGUUGCCUGCAUACAUGAUGUGUCCUACCCGGAGGGAUAUGCUCCUCCCACCCAUUCUGGUCCCUCUUCAGCUUCGGAUCAUUCGGAGCCUCCCAAAGUAUUCCCUUUUACUCUUGAUCCUUUUCAGGCUGAAGCAAUCAAGUGCCUUGAGAAUGGUGAAUCUGUAAUGGUGUCUGCCCAUACAUCAGCUGGAAAAACUGUUGUAGCAUUAUAUGCUAUAGCUAUGUCCUUACGGAAUAAGCAACGGGUCGUAUACACCUCACCAAUCAAGGCACUCAGUAAUCAAAAAUAUAGGGAGUUUAAACAGGAGUUCACAGAUGUUGGAUUGAUGACUGGGGAUGUGACGCUUGAGCCUAAUGCUUCAUGCUUGGUUAUGACCACAGAAAUUUGGCGUAGUAUGCAAUACAAAGGAUCAGAGGUAACACGAGAGGUUGCUUGGGUCAUUUUUGACGAGGUACAUUACAUGCGUGAUAGGGAAAGAGGUGUGGUAUGGGAGGAGAGCAUUGUUAUGUCCCCAAAGAAUUCUCGAUUUGUAUUCCUCUCUGCAACUGUGCCUAAUGCAAAAGAAUUUGCUGAUUGGGUUGCAAAGGUGCACAGACAACCAUGUCACAUUGUUUACACUGAUUAUAGGCCAACACCUCUUCAGCAUUAUAUUUUUCCAUCUGGAGGUGAUGGUUUAUUUUUGGUGGUUGAUGAGAAGGGGAAGUUCCGAGAGGAUAGCUUUCAAAGAGCUUUAAAUGCACUUGUCCCUCUUAAUGAGAGUGAGAAGAAAAAGGAGAAUGGGAAAUGGCAGAAGGGUUUGAUAAUGGGCCGAGUUAGUGAAGAAAGUGACAUUUUUAAGAUGGUGAGAAUGAUCAUUCAGCGUCAAUAUGAUCCUGUCAUACUCUUCAGCUUUAGCAAAAGAGAAUGUGAAACUCUUGCAUUGCAGAUGGCAAAAAUGGAUCUAAAUGGUGAUGAUGAGAAAGUGACUGUAGAAACCAUCUUUUGGAAUGCCAUGGAUUCACUUGCAGAUGAUGAUAAAAAGUUACCCCAGGUUUCGCAUAUGUUACCACUCUUGAAGCGUGGGAUAGGUGUGCAUCAUUCUGGCUUGCUUCCAAUUUUAAAAGAAGUGAUUGAGAUAUUAUUUCAAGAAGGCUUGAUUAAGUGUUUGUUUGCCACAGAGACCUUUAGCAUAGGAUUGAAUAUGCCUGCAAAAACUGUUGUGUUUACCAAUGUGCGUAAAUUUGAUGGGGAUAAGUUCAGAUGGAUAUCUAGUGGAGAGUAUAUACAAAUGAGUGGACGGGCUGGCCGUCGAGGUAUUGAUAAACGUGGAAUAUGUAUACUUAUGGUUGAUGAGAAGCUGGAACCAUCUACUGCCAAAACAAUGGUUAAAGGAAGCGCUGAUUGUUUGAACAGUGCAUUCCAUUUAAGCUACAACAUGCUUCUGAAUCAAAUGCGCAGUGAAGAUGGUGACCCUGAAAAUUUGCUCCGUAACUCAUUCUACCAGUUUCAAGCAGAUCGUGCCCUUCCUGAUCUCGAGAAACAAGCAAAGGACCUGGAGCUAGAAAGGGACUCAAUUAUAAUUGAAGAAGAAGAAAGUGUGAAGAAUUAUUACAAUCUGCUACAGCAAUACAAAAGUUUGAAGAAGGAUAUUCAUGAUAUUGUGUUUUCUCCAAGGUACUGCCUACCAUUUCUGAAAUCUGGACGGCUUGUGUCUAUCCAAUGCACUAAGAGUGAUGAAAUUUCUCCAUCAUUCUCCAUUGAGGACCAGGUUACGUGGGGUGUGGUAAUUAAUUUUCAACGCAUUAAAACUGCUUCUGAAGAUGAUGCAAGUAAAAAACCAGAAGAUUCAAACUAUACUGUGACUGUUCUUACAAGAUGUGUGGUCAAUAGAGAGGGAAAUGCAAAGAAAACGGUUAAAAUUGUCCCUUUGGAAGAGCCAGGAGAACCUUUUGUUAUUUCGAUUUCCCUUUCUCAGAUUAGUAGUUUAAGUAGUCUCCGUGUCACUAUGCCAAAUGAUACUUUGCCUUUAGAAGCACGUGAGAACACACUGAAAAAGGUUUCAGAAAUUCUUUCAAGAUUUCGUGAAAAAGGGGUUCCCCUCCUAGAUCCGGAAGAUGAUAUGGAUGUCAAAAGUAGCUCAUACAGAAAGGCAGCACGUAGGAUAGAGGCUCUAGAGAACCUGUUUGACAGGCAUGAAAUUGCGAGAACUCCACUUAUUGAGCAAAAGCUUAAAGUGUUUCACAUGAAGCAAGAUUUGAAUUCCAGGAUCAAGUCGAUCAAGAAAUCUAUGCGUUCUUCCACUGCAUUGGCUUUCAAAGAUGAACUUAAGGCAAGAAAGCGAGUUCUUCGGAGGCUAGGAUAUAUUACAAGCGAUGAUGUUUUGGAGUUGAAGGGGAAGGUUGCUUGUGAAAUUAGUAGUGCAGAUGAAUUGACCCUGACAGAGCUUGUGUUUGAUGGUGUUUUAAAGGACAUUAAAGUGGAAGAGAUGGUGUCUCUUCUCUCUUGUUUCGUGUGGCAGGAGAAAAUCCCAGAGGCUACAAAGCCUAGGGAAGAACUUGACUCUCUUUUUGCACAACUACAAGAUGUGGCUCGGAGAGUUGCUAAUGUUCAGCUUGAGUGCAAGGUCCAAAUUGAUGUUGAGAGCUUUACAAAUUCAUUCCGGCCUGAUAUAAUGGAAGCUGUGUAUGCGUGGGCAAGAGGAUCAAAAUUCUACGAGAUCAUGACAGGAACUCCGGUCUUCGAGGGUAGCUUGAUAAGGGGAAUUAGAAGACUGGAGGAAGUCCUACAGCAGCUUAUACUAGCAGCCAAAUCUAUUGGAGAAACAGAGCUUGAAUCAAAACUUGAGGAGGCUGUUUCAAGGAUCAAGAGGGACAUUGUCUUUGCAGCUUCCCUAUAUUUGUAGGUUCAUCCUAAAACUCAAGAUUCUUUUGGUCCUGACCGAGUGCCCAAAUGGAAGGGGGCAAUCAUUGUAGAAGCUAAUUGCUACACAAUAUUUUAGUGGAUGAUACCAGGAGGCACUGUCACUUUCCGAAGCGCAGGAUGGAAGACAAAGAGGUUUUUCAGGGAGAACUCAACAAAUAGUACUGGAACCAUUCACUUUUUUGGGUUUAGGAAACAAUGUAAUGUAGUUGAGGUUUUAGCUAGCAAAUGAUAUAUACACACAUUACUUUUCCUUCUAUAUUAAUUUGAAAUUUUUUUUUUUUAAUGGAAAUUUUGGGUGUAUGGAUGGAUUUAGCAAAAUUAUAGAAAGUCAUAUGUUUCUCUUUCUUUUC